CUCGUGUUGUCACGUGCCUCUGUGCUCACAACUCGCUCCACGCGCAGAAAUUGGCAAGUUUAGUCAGUGGCGCGAGUCGUAGAUCGCCAGGUCUGUUGGAGAGAGUGAGAAGAUGCAGUAGGUAUCAGUGUCUAAAGGAGAUCUCUGGAAAAAUUACAUCUUCUACUGAAACCAAAACCUAUUGCAGUUCAGCUCAGGAAGGAAAGGGCCGUGCUGCUGACGUCAAACUACGCAAGCCUAGUGAGAUUAACCCUUUAUAAUACGAUAGGUCCAUCGAUCAGUCACUGCUUUCUCCUAUCAGCUCUCUAGAGGAAGACGCACAUUGGUCGAGCUCCAAUCAGCUCAAUUACUCACAGAAUUCAUCGCCUUUUUCUUAGGCGAGUCAUCUCACCAAUCAUAUAAAACCACCGUAACAAAUCGCACCUCUCUUUAAAUUAAAGACUUUUUUUGCUUAAUUAUCGACACAGGUGCCUUAUUGAUUUAACUGAAAACCUAUCGUUCAGGGUUAGACACGAUGUCGCCUUCUCCUGCCGGAUCACCUUCGUUUGUCAGAAAAGUCAGAACAUCUCAAGGAAUGUGGCCCCCGAAGAAUCCUAGUGUUCGGGAACUUCCAAAAGUUGGAUUUUCACCAGGCUGGUCUCAGGAAGGCCAAGGGAAGAGACUUAUCUGGCCACCUCCCAAAUCCAAUGAUUACGACGCACGACCACUUGCUUUUUCAAGGGGAAAUAUAGCUACCACUUGGAAUCCCACAAGCCCUGAUGAAGCUUCUCGGCCUCCUCCUUUCGCCCCACAAUCUCCUACUCCGAACCGCCGGUCAAAAGAUAUUGCUUGGCCCCCUCCUCAAACACAACGGAGGACUAAUGAAGAGUUUACCAAACCAACCCGUCGGGUCAAGGAUUUUAACGAAUACGUCACACAACACGCGAGCUUAGCCGUGCCUCCUACUUAUCAUGCACCCCCAGGUACACAACACGUGGAGGCAGAGUACUAUUCAGAAGAGGAAGAGGAAGAAGAAGAGGAGGAGGAGGAGGAGGAAGAAGAUGAUGAAUAGCAAAAAACAAAACUGUUCAGCCAUAUAUAUUUUUGUUAAAAUAUGUGAAUUUAAUGAAAAAUUAUCUGUCAAUUCAACGCAAUUUAGGUUGCAAAUCUAACUUGUUAGCUGAUGCUUUGUUUGUGACAAAUUUUAUAUCGCAACUUCAAACUUUUGCUUUUUUUAGCGAAAUCACAAAAGAAGAUUAUUGAUGCCAGAAAAUAUAGUAAGAGAUAAAAAAGAAACACUCAUUUUUUGUUGAUGUCAGCAAAUCUAAUAAGAAAUAAAAAAAGAAACAUUCACUUAAGAGUGUAACGCCAAAUUGGAACGAUCUGACCAAAUGUAUUGGUUUUCAAGCUUGUUUACGCAUACAUUUUUUAUGUAAUUUAUCAUAAAACCUUGAGAUUUUUUUUACAAUAUAGAUGAUUACGGUAAACAUUAUUUCGUUGUAAUUGCAUUUAGAUGAAAUAUUAAAAAAACUUGUCAUAUUUUAUAUCUCAAUUCGUCGGUUUUAAAUAGUUCGUGCAAUCGGCAUCUUGUAUGAUUUCAGUAAGGAAUUAAAGAAGUUAUUUCGCUUGUUAUCA